AUGCUGCUGCUGGCUAUACUGCUAUCUCUGUUUGCGCUUAUCCGUGCGGAUGUCAACAUCGUUGAGCCUGGUCCCGGUGACACUUUCAGCGGUGCGGACGGUACAGUGUCCAUUAACCUGAAGUGGGUCGACAACGGUGCGUACCCACCGUUGGACAAGGUCGCUUACUACCUGUUCAGUCUGUGUUACGGUCCCAACACCAAGAUCCAGUGUGUGUACAAGCCCGACACCAAGAUCACCCCGGAUGACCUGGACAAGGACGACGCCGGCACGUACUCUUACAAGUUCGACAUCCAGUCCUCGGUGGUCGGAUCAGGACAGUUCUACGUGCAAGUGUUCGCCUGGGUCGACGGCCAGGGUUACACGCUGCACUACACCCCAAGAAUCGAGCUGACCAACAUGGGCGGACCAACUACUUUCGAACUGCUGACCUACACCGACACCAUCCAGCCAGUGCCGCAGACUUCCAUCAGAACAGGUACCGACACAAACACACAGAGCUUCGACGCAAGCAGUGUCUACAGCUUGCCUUACACUGAGCAAACCUUGAAGACUAGAGUCGCUCCAAUCCAACAACAGCCAGGCACAAAAGUCACAGCAACGACUUGGAGCAGAAGGUACCCUACUAGUGCCGUCACAUUCUACUCCACCUUUAGAAGCUCCUUGGAUCAACUGUCAACUUUGACUCCAGCUUGGAACUACACAGUCUCAAGUGCUGUCAACUACGCUACUCCAGCAGCUAUGCCUUCAGACAACGGUGGCUGGUAUAACCCAAUCAAGAGACAAUCGCUGUCAACCAGAAAAUUGAAUGUUAGAUAUUUGUCCAGUUGA